GAGGAGUCGCGCCAACACAAGAGAAUCUAAGGCAAAUUCGCAUAAAAGGAGAGAUGCCCCGCCGAACCAGGCGAUCUCCGUGUCGUCUCUGGCGAUUUUCUACCUUAAUUGUUGCCUCUCCACAAAAGGCUCCGUCGGGCAUACGCUUUGCACUAUCAUCAUGAAGUCGUGGACUGUUCUCGCCUUGGCAGUCUCCCUGGUCCCUCUCGCCGGCGCAUGGGAGAUUACAUGGAACGACGCCGAUGACAAUAAUCACACCAAGUCGGGUACGGGCCCCAGCGAGUGCAUCAAGAUUGAUAAUCCCAAGGGCCACCUUUUCAGGAUCGAUUCCCAAGGCGCAACGGAUAUCAACAUGCUUCUGUUCACCAACAGUGCCUGCUCCGGUGAUGCAGCGGGCAUGGCAACCGAUGUGUUCUCCAAGGACGCUUCGAAAGAUCUUCUUGGCUUCAAGGUUGUGAGCCUUUCGUCGACGGCAUCAGGCUCAGGAAGUACCACGGGAAAUCCCACGGCUACUGGUCACACUGCGACAACGGCAACGGGGACCGGAACAACCGCGACGGCCAAGACUACUGGUUCGGGUCACGUUACGUCUACGAGUGGCAGCACCGUGGCGGAGUCGAAGACUACUCAGACGACAGCUGUGACGACCGCGACGGCGACUAGUUCUACGCCCUCUGGUAGCGCGUCUUCGACAAGUUCGAGCGCCGCUACUGCGAGCACAUCCAAUGCCGCCGUUCGAGUCGCAGGUUCCAAUUCGAAUAUUUUCAAAGGAGUGUUGGGUGGCAUCAUCGGAUUGGCGGCAUGGAUAAUCUAGAUUCAGGAUCUGGUCAAAAUAAUUUGGGGUUUAGUUCUAUUCCGGGGGUCUACCUUCGCUGGGAAACCCUUCUUGUUCUCGACUUUGCACCUGUCGAUCUUUUACUUGUUACAACACUUUAGCCAAAAUACCGAAAUGAUUAAUCCAACAGUUUCUUUAUUAGCGAACACUAAGCAAGAGAGACACUACUUCGUGAUUUUCUGUUUAUUUCUAUCAUCGCCAGCUUACUUUAUCUUGUGUCCGGAUCUCGGGUCCGCUUUGCUGAUGAUAUAUAUUGACCCACACCGUCAGCACAGGAACAAAAGCGAAAUAUACACUGCAUCAAAAAUAAU